AUGGAGGAUAAACUGUUAGACGAUGGAGGAGUUGAUUUCGGUUCCUUUGGUACAUACUCCUGUAUCACCUCUCACCAAAGACUAAACGAGUCCUUAGUAGGGAACGCCGGACCCGAGCGGGGACGCCGGCAAUGCGAAGGCGAAGCUGCCGCUGCCGCAGCCGGCGCCGGCGCCGGCGCCGUCGUCGGGGCGGCCGGCGUCCGUGCUGCCGUACAAGACGGCGAACGUGCGGGACCACUACCGCAUCGGCAAGAGCGUGGGCAGGGGCAGUUCGGCACCACGUACCAGUGUGUGGGCAAGGCCGACGGUGCCGAGUAUGCGUGCAAGUCCAUCCCCAAGCGCAAGCUGCUGUGCCGGGAGGACUACGAGGACGUGUACCGCGAGAUCCAGAUCAUGCACCACCUCUCCGAGCACCCCAACGUCGUCCGCAUCAGCGACGCCUACGAGGACGCGCUCUUCGUGCACAUCGUCAUGGAGCUCUACGCCGGCGGCGAGCUCUUCGACCGCAUCGUCGCCAAGGGACACUACAGCGAGCGCGCGGCGGCGAAGCUCAUCAAGACCAUUGUCGGGGUCGUGGAGGGAUGCCACUCGCUCGGCGUCAUGCACCGGGACCUCAAUCCGGAGAACUUUCUCUUUGCCAGCACCGCCGAGGAAGCCCCACUCAAGGCCACUGACUUUGGGCUCUCCAUGUUCUACAAGCCCGGUGAUAAAUUCUCUGAUGUCGUUGGAAGCCCUUACUAUGUUGCACCAGAGGUACUUCAGAAAUGCUAUGGUCCAGAAGCUGAUGUGUGGAGCGCGGGGGUAAUUCUGUACAUUUUGCUUUGUGGUGUCCCCCCAUUUUGGGCAGAAACUGAGGCUGGAAUCUUCAGGCAGAUUCUGCGAGGCAAACUUGAUUUUGAAUCUGAACCCUGGCCUAGUAUCUCUGAUAGUGCUAAGGAUCUGGUCCGUAAUAUGCUUACUCGGGAUCCUAAAAAGAGAUUUAGUGCUCAUGAGGUUCUCUGCCACCCAUGGAUUGUUGACGAUGCCGUGGCACCUGAUAAGCCUAUUGAUUCUGCUGUUUUGUCAAGGCUGAAGCAUUUUUCGGCAAUGAACAAGCUCAAGAAGAUGGCAUUAAGGGUCAUUGCUGAAAGCCUGUCUGAGGAAGAGAUUGGAGGCCUCAAGGAGUUGUUCAAGAUGAUUGAUACUGACAAUAGUGGGACUAUAACAUUUGAUGAGCUGAAAGAUGGCUUGAAAAGGGUGGGCUCUGAAUUAACAGAGAAUGAAAUCCAGGCUCUGAUGGAAGCAGCAGAUAUUGAUAACAGCGGAACCAUCGACUACGGCGAAUUCAUUGCAGCUACGUUGCACAUGAAUAAGCUGGAGAGGGAGGAAAACUUGGUUUCAGCAUUCUCAUUUUUUGACAAAGAUGGAAGUGGCUUUAUAACCAUUGAUGAGCUGUCAGAAGCAUGUCGUGAGUUUGGUCUUGAUGACGUCCACCUCGAGGAUAUGAUUAAAGAUAUUGACCAGAACAAUGAUGGUCAAAUCGACUACAGCGAGUUCACGGCGAUGAUGAGGAAGGGCAAUGCUGGUGCAACAGGAAGGAGAACCAUGAGGAACAGCUUGCACUUGAAUCUCGGCGAACUCUUGAAUCCCAGCAAAACCUAG